GUUUACAUUUUGAUUUCAACUCCAGUAAAAUAACAUUUUAGUAAAAGAUAAAACGAUCUUAUUGUGGUAGUAGUCAUUUAAAAUGACUGACAGCUUUCUUUAUAAACGCAUGCCCUGCUAUUACGGUUGAUAAAUAGAUCUAGUGUAGGUAUGACAGAUUCGGGUCAUCUUCCUACACCAGACAUUAGUCACCUAACCUCAACAGAUUACUUGAAAAUUUAUGAACCAGCAGAAGAUUCAUUUCUAUUAAUAGACGCUCUAGAAAAAGAUGUCAAGUUUCUCAACCAACUGAGGCCAUCUGUAUGUCUAGAAGUUGGAUGUGGAACUGGUUUAUGUUUAACAUUUCUCGCUCAGAUUCUUCAAACUAAAGCUUUAUUCAUAGCUACAGACAUCAAUCCAUCUGCUGUAGAUAUAUGUCAGAAAACAGCUCAACAAAACAACAUUUCAAUACAACCUAUAUUGACAGAUUUAGUAAGCUGUUUGAGUGAUAGACUAGAACAUCAAGUUGAUGUAUUGUUGUUUAAUCCUCCAUAUGUAGUCACAUCAUCCAGUGAGGUUGGUAGCCAUGGUAUUGAGGCAUCAUGGGCAGGUGGGGUUGAAGGUCGUGAAGUAACUGAUAGGUUAUUACCAUAUAUAGAUAAAGUUUUAUCAAAGACCGGUGUAUUUUAUUUGGUGAUUGUUAAAGAAAAUCUACCAGGUAAAUGA